AUGUUCGUAGCCCUCCCUCGUCGGCCCAACGCUCCAAGGACCCUCACACUCAGGUUGGCGCCUGUAUCGUCAACCAGGACAAGGGCAUCUCCUCAUCUCUUGUUCGCCUACCACAAGACCAGCAUCGACCGGCACAUCGACGUCCUAGUCACUUCCUGUCUCGCUGUGCAAGAACGUCUCAUGACGUCGGUGUCCUUGGACGAGAGGAACCGCUGUGUUUUGACCCACAAGGUCUUUGGCGGUUGCGCGACGGACGCCGCAGCCACCAACCAGCCCAAGACGAGGAAGAGGCAGAGGACCGAGGCCCCCAUUUCGUGA